UUUUAACCUAAAAGACCUAAUAUAUAUUCUCUUGAUUAAUUCUUCUUGAUUUCUAUUUGUAGGGUGAAACCCUAGAUAAUUAGCAAGCUAAAAUAGAUGGGAAGGGGAAAGAUUGUAAUCCGAAGGAUCGAUAACACAUCGAGCAGGCAAGUCACUUUCUCUAAGAGAAGGAAUGGAUUGUUGAAGAAAGCUAAGGAGUUAGCUAUCCUUUGUGAUGCACAAGUUGGAUUGAUCAUUUUCUCCAGCACUGGAAAGCGCUAUGAAUUUUCUAACACCAGAAUGGAAUCAAUUGUUGAACGAUAUAAUAAAGCGAAAGACGACUAUCAGCAAUCACACAACCCAGUAAAAGAACUGAAGAAAGAGGCAGCAAUAUUGCAGCAACAAUUACAGGAACUACAACAAACUCUUAGACAAUUUAUGGGAGAACAACUCUCUGGUUUAACUGUUAAGGACCUGCAGAAUCUGGAGAGUCGACUAGAAAUGAGCUUAAGGGGCAUCCGCGUGAAAAAGGAGCAAAUAUUAUGUAAUGAGAUUCAAGAGCUAUCUUGGAAGGGGAGUCUAAUGCAUCAACAAAAUUCGGAACUCUUUCAAAAGGUAAAAGCCAGUAUACCGAAAAUGGUAAAUGACUGAUCGAUAAGUAUGAACUACUCAGCAGCAUAACAGAAAAGGCCAACAAAGGCUAUGUGAUUGUUCUGUUAUUGUGUCAUGACUAUAGUAACAAAGCGAGCUCAUAUGAUGUGUACUGUAUAUCUUACUCGUACUGGAAUUAUACAUAUUACAUAAUCUAAUUUAUGAUGAAAAUUUUGUGGACGGACAAAGUUCCUGAGAGAUUUGUGACACACUUCAAUGCUGCUGUGGACUAAACUUUGAGAUGGAAAACUUCUGUCACAAAAAAAAAAUCUAUUUUUUAAGAAUUUGUGACAGGAGUUAGAGAAGGAUUGUAUGUGUGACACAAAGUAAA